UUUAGGUAAAGUAAUUAGAAAAAGUAAUUGGAGUAUCUGAUCAUUCCCCAAGCUGAAGAUCAAAUCGCCAAACGAAAAAAAGCCAAUUUUCCAUCAAUGCGACGAGAAGAAAGAAGACGAAAGUUCCGUGAAGCUGUUCUCGAUACGCUUUAUCCUGCAACGUCACCACAACCGGAGUACGACAAGGAGCCGGCGUCUGGACCAGGUGAAUUGUUUGAUGCGGAAGCUAUAGACCCAGAUGAUUUUGUAAAGGGCGAUAUCUGUACAAACGACGAUGAAACCGAGCAUCAAAAUCUGAGUAGAGCCCAGAGGAAGAGACUUCGCAAGAAGAAGCUCAAGGAAGAAGCUUCUCGUCGCGGUAAGCUUAUUGGCCCUCUGUUACCUUCAUCAACCAGCAAUGAUGGCGGCCCGAGCGACAUAGCUGGAAACGAGUCUCAAUCUAUUCGAGAAAAUGCGGAUGAGGAACAUGAUGGUCCACAAUCUGUUCGACAAAAUGCUAGCGAGAAGCCAGAAGAGAAAGAUGGGUGUAGUAAUCAGAACAAGCUGAAGCAGAGGAGAAUGGCUAAGAGGCUUGCCAAAGAAAGAGCUGAAAAUUGCGGUCAAGAAGAAAGCUUCAAGUCCUUUGAAGCAGAAAUUUGUGACCAAAAAAAUUUGGAGCUUCCCAGUGCAGAAAAUGCUCAACAAGAUCUAUCAGUUAUUAAAUUUGAUAGUUAAAAGAAAUGAUUUUCUUAAGAGUUGGUGUAAAAUGCCCUUCCGCUCCCUUGUUCUCUGUUUUGUCCCAAAGUUGUUACCUUUCUUGUUUUUAUCUUUUGGAGAUUUUGUAAACAAAAGGGUUAAAAUUUCAUUAAACAUUUCUUAUGACUGACAAGAUGGUCGACCACUUACGAUUGUCAUUUGAGAAACUCACUUGAAAAUGUAAAAACUUCGCGAGUUAAAGUUCGAAGAAAUUGUCCGUUGUUAAAAGACAGAUGAAAAUUGAAAUAUGUAAUUAUAAA